CGUACUACCUCCUCCUAUCGAGCGAACGAAACUAACCCCACUACUAGCCUCCUGCUAGCUAGCUAUAGCUUGGCUGUGUGUGGAGGCUGCUGUGGGCAGUGUGAUCGAUCGACUCGAUCGGCCGGCCGGUCAGUGGCUAUAUAUGCCCACCCCCCGUCCGUUGCCAUUGUUUCCUUGUACCCCGUCACCGGCAACAACUUCAUUCCCCUCGACUAGACUCCCUCCUCCUUCGUUCCAUCUCCUUCGGUUCAAGCCCCGGUCCCGUUUAGGUUCAUCAAUGGUGGCUAGUUGUAGGCUGUAGCGCUCCCUAUUGGUGGAGCAUUGCACUCCGGCUACAUCAGUGUCUUCUUUACGUACCCUCCCUAUUCUCGAUCCAUCGAUCUCUCCUCUCCUUAACUACUUGACCGACUACACCACACCACACCACACACAAGGGAAGGGAAGGGAAGGGAUCAUCAUGAGCAUCUCGGUGAACGGGCAGUCGGUGGUGCCGCCGGGGUUCCGGUUCCAUCCGACGGAGGAGGAGCUGCUCACCUACUACCUCGCCAAGAAGGUGGCCUCGCAGCGGAUCGACCUCGACGUCAUCCCCGACGUCGACCUCAACAAGCUCGAGCCAUGGGACAUCCAAGAGCGGUGCAGGAUCGGCACCGGCCCGCAGAACGACUGGUACCUGUUCAGCCACAAGGACAAGAAGUACCCGACGGGCACGCGCACCAACCGCGCCACCGCCGCCGGGUUCUGGAAGGCCACCGGCCGGGACAAGGCCAUCUACUCCGCCGCCGGGUCCGGCCGCAUCGGCAUGCGCAAGACGCUCGUCUUCUACAAGGGCCGCGCCCCCCACGGCCACAAGUCCGACUGGAUCAUGCACGAGUACCGCCUCGACGACGCCGUCGCAAUACCGAGCAACCCCGCCAACCCCGGUGCCGGUGCCUACUACUCCGGCGCCUCGUCCCCGAUUCGUGGCGUCGCCGGGGACCAGUCAUCGGCGCAGGAGGACGGGUGGGUCAUCUGCAGGGUGUUCAAGAAGAAGAACAUCGUCGUGAGCCAAGGCCAGAACGGCGGCGGCGCGGCGUCCAACAAGCUGUCCGGCGCCGGCGCCGCCCCCAUGGAGCGCAGCCAGAGCAACUGCUCGUCGACGGUGACCACCAUCAGCAGCCACAUCAAGGCGGCGCAGCAGCAGGAGCACCAGCAGCACCAGCUGCUGCACUACUCCGCCAGCGACGACGCGCUCGACCACAUCCUCAGCCACUACAUGCAUGGCCGCUCGCCCCCGACGCCGUGCAAGCAGGAGACCAAGCCUGCGCCCAGCUCGGGGCUUGACCACCUGAUCAACAACACCGGGUGCCCGAACGGCACCCUGUACGAGCGGUUCAUGAAGCUCCCGCCGCUCGAGCACGUCGUCUCCGGCGGGCUCCUGCAGCCGCCGACCGAGUACGGCGGGGGCGGCUCGGGGAACAACAAUAGCAUCGGCACCGACUGGGACACGCUCGACCGGCUCGCGACCUCGUACGAGCUGAUCAACGGCCUCUCCGACUCCGACGUCGCGUCGGCCAGCAAGAACGGCGGCAUGGCGUCCUUCUUCGUGGACGGGCACGGCGGCGCCACCGUCACCGGCGCCGGGGACGGCGACCUGUGGAGCCUGGCGCGGUCCGCGUCGUCGCUCCACGCGGACUUGACGACGAUGAACUGAAAACGUACGGGUACGGCGGUGGUUAAUUGAACAAUUUGUCAAGAGUGUUUUUAGUGCGGGAGACGUACGUCGUGCCGCAUGCAUGCAUGCACGUACUACGCGCACUAGUAGCACUGACUCGACCGAUCGAUCUCUCUACGUACAUGCAUGCGUGCGUGCAUGGCCGGUAUUGUACGUACGUGAAUAAUUCCUAGCUAGGGAGGAGACAACAUCAAAGCGACGUGAGAGUGAGACUCAUGAGACCGGCCGGAGAGCUGAUCUUCAUGUGAAGGAUCAAAUUACACAACUGAGGAAGGACCGCGUGUGGUAGGAGACAAGAGUAAAUAUAUGUAUUGUUAAUUAAUCAUCACAGUACGUGUGCCUAUAGCUUAUAUACAUGGUACAGUAUAUGCUAUGAAAGCCCUUUCAAUCA